UACACCAUCUGCCCUCGACGACCUGCCAAUUACGACGCAUAUCCAACUCUCAUUACCGACCGAGAUCCGCUCCGACCCUCCCGUUUCUCGAUUGUCCGUCCACUCGUGACCCAGCAUUACAGAAGAUUUCUACGGAUCUGACCUGCACCGAAGAUUCGACCUUACCUGCUCACCUGUCUCUAUCUUUGGUAAACACCCUGGCCAAGGAACAUUCCAUCGUAGGGCUCAAAGAGGAUCGUAUGGUCGACAGCUGGUUUCUGGAAAGAUAUAAGGUCUGGGUUAGAGCAGUCUUCAAACUAUCUCAACAGCUUCAAACGAGGUUAAUCAGUCCCAGACAGCCUCUGUCGACCUACCUCGCCUGUACAAGACCUGUAUAUCUUUCUAAUUUCACUUCCUCAAGGCCUAUGAGCAAUCAAUUACCACCACUACAAACCAGCCCAUCAGAAUCACCGAAACCUAAUAGUAAAAGCCAGCCCACAUCAGCACCGCCUGGAGACUCAAAACAACGAAUACUCCCAUCUGAACCCGGCCUAGGCAUAUCGGAAGCUCCUCAAUCACACACUGGAUUGCGUUCUCAAUCACUAUCGAAUCUCCUGCUCCCCUCGGAGUCGCACAGGUCAAGCUCGGAUCAGCCCGACUCCACGCUCCCCGCACAUCUCUUCUCCGCAUCACCAGUAUCGUCAACCGAGUCUCCGAAGGAAGCAGUAGCAGCCACUGAGCAGCAGUUUGCACGUCCAGACAAACCAAGCGGUUCACGCACUCGAGCGCAGCAGAACUGGUCGCAGCCCAAGAAGACUCAAACGGCACCUUCCCCUUACUCCCGGCCAAGAUCAAAAUCUCAACCUCGCGGGAGAUCUAGACCAGCAGCAAUCACGGCAAUGUCUUCCGCUGCCUCAUCCCCAAGCAACACGUCCACGACGGGACCGUCGGGCUCGUCCUCCACGGGCUCCAACCCGUCCUACCACCUGCCAUAUGCACCCUUCCCCUACCCUAUGCCUCCCAACUACGGAGGCUCAGGGACCCAGGGCGGGCAUGGCGGGAGCAGCGGCUCUGGAAAAUAAAGUCGAUUCUUUUUGUUUGUAUACCCACCAUUAACGAUUUGCAUCUGCGGGGUGUUUCCUUUAAAAAGAUCUUUAAGCGAAUGGGCCACGAACUGAUAUUCCCGGAUAUGUUUCGAGUAUUG